UCUACUGGUCUGCCAAGUUGUGUGUUUACGAUCGGGAGAUAAAUCUAUUGAUAUACAAUUCAUCGAUUUAUCACCGAUACAUUAGAAAAUCUAUCACGGAAAUAUCGCAUAGUUUUGACGAUUGAGUAAUUAAUGUCAUGUUUAUUAAAUUGAUCUCUAUAAUAGACGCGAUGAGAUUAGUCAUAUAUCUUGCAUUAUUCUGCAAUUUUUCGAAUGCAGUAGAAGACGUAAAAAAUCAGCUACAUGUAUUUGCCGAGAAAAUAUCGUGGAUCAACUGGGAGCAAUUGAGAGAUUUUAAAUUCAAUCCCGAUGACACUUUCGACACGGUAGAAAUGAUAAGAAGAGAGGGUUAUCCUGCAGAAACUCAUGUUGUAAUGACGGAGGAUGGUUAUCUCUUGGUAUUACAUCGUAUUCCAGGUAGUAAUGACUCUCCACCUGUAUUAUUGCAACACGCUGUGUUAUGCACCUCCGCCGACUGGAUCAUUCUUGGUAAAGGCAAAGCACUCGCUUAUCUAUUAGCGGAUCAGGGAUAUGAUGUUUGGUUAGGCAAUUUUCGUGGUAAUACCUAUUCAAGGGCGCAUAUUUCUCUGUCUCCGUUGGAAUUAAAAUUUUGGGAUUUUAGCUUUCACGAAAUGGGUAUCUAUGAUUUACCCGCGAUGAUUAAAUUUAUCACAAAUAUGAAAUCGCAACCAUUGCACACGUACGUUGGUCAUUCGAUGGGUACAACCAGUUUUUAUAUAAUGGCAUCGGAGCGUCCGGAAAUCGCACGAAUGGUACAAAAAAUGAUCAAUUUUGCGCCGGCAGUCUUUUUUGAUCAAGUAGAAAGUCCGAUAAAAUAUAUUUUUCCUUUCUGGAGAGAAUUGAAGAUGUUCAUACGGUUAUUCUUUCACGAUGAAUUUUUGCCGCAAAACGAUUUGUUGAGAUUUGCUUCGAAAUAUAUUUGCCCUCAGAAUUUUAUCACGCAACAGUUCUGUGCCAAUCCAAUAUUUCUGAUAUGCGGGAAUGAUCAAGAACAAUUCAACUACACUCUUCUGCCUGUAAUCCUGGGCGUCGAUCCGGCCGGCACCUCGAUUAAAACUAUUCUACAUUACAUUCAGUUAAGCCAGGCAAGCAAUUUUCGUCGAUACGAUUACGGUUGCGAGAAAAAUCUGUUGAUAUACAAUUCGUCGGAACCCCCGGAUUAUAAUCUAGCAAAUACCACAUUACCUAUCGCAUUGUUUUAUGCUCCUGGAGACUUGCUAGUUAACAGCGUGAAUAUGAAAAAACUAUAUCGCACAUUACCCAACGUAAUCGACUUAUAUGAAGUACCAUGGCACAAAUUCAAUCACGUCGAUUUUAUAUGGGCCAAAAAUACUCCAAAACUCGUAUAUGAAAGAGCUAUCAAGAUUAUGAGGAACGAGAAUUUAAAUAAUGUUACAUCUAUGAAAUAA